GUCACUGAAGUUGCUCAGUAAAGCUAAUCCUUCCUGUGAAGACUUGUUUUAAAGGAAAUCCCAUCCAGGGAGAAAAAGCUUAAAACAUUUCCUUUGGACUAAGUACUCCAGCUGGAGCAUUUUUAUGUUGAAAAGGCCAUUCCCUAAAUACUAUCCAUUGCCACCAAUUAUGUUAUGUAUAUUGUUUAGUGAAGGGUCAUUUAAGGAGUCAGUUUUUCCAGGGGAGUACAGUAGUAAUUCUGAAGUCAUUUCAUGAAAUGAGAAUUCCAGUUAUGAUAUAUACAAGUAUGUGCUUGGUCAUCAAGGGGUUACUGCAAUUGACAGGAAUGAGACUGCAGGCCUCCUCAGCACUGAUUAACUCUGAAAUUGUCUCUAGGGAGUUCAGCUGCCGGCUGGUGCUGUGGUUUCCUUCCUUGUUCGCAGGUCCCCUGUCAUCAAGUUCUGCUGCAACAACGAGCCAGAACUGCAAUUUGGGCAGGUCAUGUGACCUGGCUUCCUGUAAGUUCUCUCCUUUUGAAUUGAAAGACAAGUUUUAGUGAAGAUAGUGCCAGCCUUAAUGUUUAUUCCGUGCACUGAAGCCCAGAGAUAACAGAGAUGUUGCGACGGAAGCCAUCCAAUGCAUCAGACAAGGACUCAAACCAAAAAAAGAAGCUUUCACUGCAGCGUUCCAGCAGCUUCAAGGAUUUUGGAAAGUCGAAGCCAAGUUCACCUGUCGUGAGUGAAAGGGAGUUUAAUCUGGGGAAAGAUAUUCUUGAAGAUGAAUCAGGAGUAACGGUGGAUGAGAGUAAACACAGCUCAGGCAAUCUCAGUAAGAAAUGGAGAGCUGUCAUUUCUCGCACAAUGAACAGAAAAAUGGGAAAGGAGGUUAUGAAAGCAAUGGCUCAUGAAAUGGGAGAAUCGACAGAUCCCCACUCUUUAUCUCCAAUAUCAAAUGAUGGAAGCAGUGAUGGGCUGCAUAGGAAGUCUUUAGAUCCUGAAGAAAAUCUACACUCACCCGUCAGCCACCAAACCUCUAGUGGCAGUGAGGUCUUCAGUCCAUCAUAUAUGAUCAACAACCGAGAUAGCAAUAAUCUGGAAAACCUCCCUCCACCAUAUAAUGGGCCAUUCUGUGGAAAAGCUAAAGUUCACACAGACUUCACACCAAGCCCGUAUGAUGGGGAUUCUCUCAAACUUAAAAAAGGAGACCUCAUUGACAUCAUUGAAAAGCCGCCUGUUGGUACCUGGACAGGGAUGCUAAGAAACAAGAUGGGAACUUUUAAAUUCAUCUAUGUCGACCUUGUGCUGGAAGAAACUGAAAUCCCCAAAAAGACUAAAACUAAAACAAGGAGCAAACGACAGAAGCCUAAGACUGUACUGGAGCUGUUGGAACGAAUUAACAUGGAGGAACAUAUUCCAACCCUUCUAUUGAAUGGCUACGAGACAAUAGAGGAUUUCAAGGACCUGAGUGAAAACCACCUGAUUGAGUUAAACAUCACGGAUCCUCAGCACAGGGUCAAGCUUCUCACGGCUGCUGAAUUCCUGCUGGAUUAUGACACUGGCAGUGAAACUGAAGACAUGACAGACUCAAGUUCUAUGGACCACAGUAUUCACAUUCCCCGUGACUCUGGCUGCUAUGAGGGCUCAGAUAAUCUAGAGAACAUUCGGGAUGAUAUGGAGAUAAUCAGCAUAGAUGAAGACAUUAAAAACCUGUCCUUAGUUGAAUCCACUGGGGUGAAACAUGCAGAGACUGAACAGUCGAUACCUGGGGAUACAACCUGUAAGGAAGGCUGAUGGUCUACAGGGGUCUCCAACCUUUUUUACCCGUGAGCCACAUUCAAAUGUAAAAAGAGUUGGGGAGCAACACAAGCAU